AUGAAGCACCAGAAUCACGAGGCGACUAUAAGCAAUAUACGUCAGAAAUACUGGAAUCCCCGAAUAACGCAGAUGCUACGACGUGUAAUAGCCGGAUGCAAAUAUUGUCGAGUCAGGAAGACAGAAUCUCACGCGCCUAUGAUGGGUCCUCUACCUGAGGAUCGUUUGAAGCCCUAUGUACGACCAUUUACUUAUACGGGACUGGACUAUUUUGGGCCUAUUUCGGUUACUAUCGGGCGGCGAAGUGAAAAGCGUUGGGUCGCGUUGUUUACGUGCCUCACCGUGCGCGCAAUCCACCUAGAAAUCGCCCACGAUCUAUCAACGAAUUCCUGUAUAAUAGUUAUGCGCAACUUCAUGAAUCGGAGAGGGGUUCCAACACGUCUACGAUCUGACAAUAGGAAAAACUUCAUUGGGGCCAACGAAGAAGCGAAACGUCUUCCUGUUGUUUUUGACACUCACCUAAUACAAAAUGAAUUAUCAACCAAGGGAGUUGAAUGGUUCUUCAACUGCCCCGCCAAUCCAUCUCAAGGAGGAAUUUGGGAAAGAAUGGUGCAGAGCGUUAAAAGGGUUCUUCGACAUUCAUUAAAAGAAAGAGCGCCACGUGAGCAUGUCUUACAAAGCUUUCUGAUAGAAGCGGAAAACAUAGUAAACUCACGUCCAUUGACGCAUCUUUCCAUCUCUCCCGACGAAGACGAACCAUUAACGCCUAACCACUUCCUGAUUGGCGUGGGUAAUAUCCCUAAAACUCCAACGGCCAACUCUCCUGGUAAAAAGAUACCCUUAUUACGCAAGCAAUGGCUCAUUGCACGAAGCCUAAGAGAUGCAUUUGGGAAGCGAUGGGUACUGGAGUAUCUACCAACGCUAACCCGAAGAGUUAAGUGGCGUGAACGAACCGCGCCUCUUAAAGAAGGUGAUGUAGUAUUUAUUUGCGAUCCGAAUGUGCCAAGGAUUCAGUGGCGACGUGGUAUUGUUAAGCGUGUGUACACUGGCGCAGAUGGUGUGGCUCGGCGUGCGGCCGUGCGUACGGUUGGCGGACUUCUGCAACGAGCGGUAUCUAAAUUGGCAGUCCUGGAUCUGGAAAGUGGUGAAGCUGAUCGCUUCACGGGGGUGGGGGUGUUGACAAAUGAUAUUUAA